GUAAAACAAGUUGAAAGCAUGAUCUAAUAACUAAUUAAUUAAUCCUUUGGCCCUCACCCCCUUUAUAUAAACUCCAUUCCACAAUCACAUUCAAACUCUUAUCACAAAUCAAACAAGUCUAGUGAGUGAGAGAGAGAGGGAAAAUCACUAAUCAAUCUCAUCCAAUUUUGAAAAAUCAAAUAUGGGAAACAGCCUAAGGUGUUGUUUGGCAUGCGUUCUUCCAUGCGGGGCGCUAGACUUGAUCCGGAUAGUGCACUUGAACGGGUCGGUUGACGAGAUAACGGGUCGGGUCACGGCGGGAGAGAUCCUAAAAAACAACCCGAAUCACCUCCUCACAAAGCCGUGCUCGCAAGGCAUGGCCCGCCGGAUCCUGAUCCUCUCGCCCGAAUCCGACCUCAAACGGGGCUCCAUUUAUUUCCUGAUUCCCUCUUCUUCGCUUCCCGCUCACAAAAACAAUCAAAUCCUCAAAAAACUCAGCCCCUGCCGGAAAAACUCGUCGGAGGUCGUCGUCGGAGAGAAGCCGGCGAUCGUCACCGUGAAGAUGCCGGAGAAGAAGCAGUCGUCGAGGCGGCACCACCACCGGAGCAGAAGCAACGCCGGAGUUGCUUGGACGCCUUAUCUUGAGAGCAUUUCUGAGGACUAGUUUAUGAAAAAUUCAAUAUUUGGAAACACAUUUUUUUACCCCUUUAUUAUUUAUUGGGGGUUUAUUUUUUUCUCUCUCGUUUUUUUUUGGAUUAUAAAAUGUGGAUAGUUGAUGAUCUCUCUUUUCUCCUUUCUUGUUUGAAUUUUUUGGGAAAAGGUUAUUUCUUAAUUUUUACCUCAACAAGAAUCGAUAAAAUGUUGAGGUGUACUUCCCUGUAAUGUACACUUUUAAGAAUAAUAUUUUCCCACUUUCUCAUAAAA